CCAUGGAGACAAAGGGCAAGACUCGUCAGCUGGUGAUAGAGAAGGUGGAGAAGAAGGAUGCUGGAGAGUACACCUGUGAGGUUGGAGCGGAGAAGUUGGCCUUCAAGAUAGAGGUGGCAGAAUCCUCUGCCAAGUUUAAAAAAACUGCAGUGAAGGGUGCAUGCAGUGUUCAAGCAAGUGAGAAGAUUGUUUUGACCACUGAGUUGACUUCGGAGAGUGCCAGUGUUAAGUGGUUCAGGGACGGUGUGGAGUUGAAGGAGAGCUCUAAGUAUGACAUGAAGAGAGAGGGACAUUCUCGUACCCUGAUUGUGAAGUCCACUGAAGUCAAAGACAGUGGCACCUACUCAUGCCACACUGCUGACGACAAGCUUGAGUUCAAAGUUCAAGUCAAGGAUUCACCGCUGAAGUUUGUGGUGCAGUUGCAGCCUGUAGCCACAGAGCUGGGUGGUACACUGACCCUGACCUGUGAAAUGAACCGAGCCUUAGGGGACGUGCUCUGGCGCCACAACAGCUGUGAGAUCAUACCCGGCGGCAGGUUCUGUGUCAGCACUGAUGGUCCCAAGCGGGUCCUUACUGUGACAGGAAUGGCGAAAGAGGAUGAGGGAGAAUACAGCUGUGAAUGCAAAGAUGAUAAGACCUCUGCCAAGGUCUCCACCAAAGCACCCAGACUGGUGAAGCUGACUUCCAAGCUGAGCAACGUCGCUGCUGUGGAGGGGAAGGAGGCCAUCUUCAAGUGUAGUGUCACCCCAGCUGACGUCAAAGUGAAAUGGUUCUGCAACAACGUGCCCAUCACUGCUGGGCCUAAAUAUAAGAUUGAGCAUGGGGGCACCAGCCAUUCCCUCACCGUCACCUCAGUGAGUCAGGAUGAUGCUCAAGAGAUCAGCAUUGAUGCAGAGGGCAAAACCUGCAGUGCUACCCUCCAAGUGCAACUGGAGCCGGUGAUGUUCAAGAAGAAGCUGGAGAAUGUGAUGGUGGUGGAGGAACAGAAGGAGGUGAAGCUGGAGGUAGAGCUGAGUAAACCCUCUAAAGAGGUCAGGUGGAUGAAGAACAGCGUGGUGCUACAGCCUGGAGGCAACAUGGAGAUCAGGGUGGACGGAGCCAAGCAGACCCUGGUCUUUAAGAGUGUGACUACGGCCGAUCGUGGCUACUACUCCUGUGAGACCCUGGACGACAAGACCCAGGCCAAGCUCACAGUGGAUG